AUGGAAUACUUGCACAUAAUUCUUCAAAGACUUCAAGACAUUCCCAACUUCAAUUUUCAUUCUAAAUGUGAUAAUAUUAGCAUUAUAAAUCUUAGCUUUGCUAAUGAUUUAUUGUUGUUCUUUAGAGGUGAUCCCACUUCUGUUGAUCUUUUGAUGCAUAAGUUUGAGGUUUUUUCUAAGUCCACAGGGUUGAGCAUUAAUCCUGAGAAAUGCAAGAUAUUAUUUGGUAAUAUUGUUGAUAGUGAUAGGGUCAGCAUUCAGGGUAUCAUAAAGUUUGCUGAAGGACAGUUUCCUUUCAAGUAUCUUGGAAUUCCCUUGUCUAGUAAAAAGCUUAAUAUAUCUCACUAUCUUCCUUUGAUUGAUAGAAUUCUGGAAAGGAUUAAUCAUUGGAGCUCUAGAUUGUUGUCAAUGGUUGGUAGAAGGCAAUUGAUAAAUAAUGUCAUCUUGGCCCUAUCUAAUUUCUGGUUGCAAUGCUUACCUUUGCCCAAGAAGGUGAUUGUUAAGAUUGAAUCUGCCUGCAAGUUCUUCUUGUGGUCUGGUAGUGACAAGAUCACCAUAAAAUCUCUCAUAGCUUGGAAGAAACUGUGUAUUCCAAAGAAGCAUGGUGGUUUAAAUAUCAUUGAUUUGAGUAAGUGGAACAAGGCUUGUUUAGCUAAGCUGUUGUGA